AGACCAAAGUUUAGAAAGUGUGUGUGAGGGCAGUUUUGAGAGAGCCCUGUCCCCAUAGGAAGACAAAAGCCUGGGUGUUUAUAGACUUUUUACUCUAAUGUGGAUUAUUUGGAGCUAAUUCAACUGGAUUAAUGGGAACCUUGUUUUUGUCUUACCUCUGAGUCUUUGUUAGCUUGGUUUUGGAAGUCUAUCACUUGCAAAGUCCGUUUGAUAGGCACCAAGCUACCCUGUUCAUCGAACCCAGCAAUAAGCGUGUCCGUGUUCUCGGCAGGGUGACGUCGCUAGCAAACCUCAUCUCUCCGGUUAAGAACGGGGCUGUCCGGCGCUUUGGCCAGACCAUCCAGGCUUCUUUCCGGAGUGAUGCCAAGUCACAGGGUGUUCCCCACAAGCCUUGCAGCAAGGUUGCAGCCCCCACACCACCUAAAAGAAGGAACAGCACUCUGUGGUCAGAGACUCUAGACAUCCACCAGAAGGGAACCUUUUCCACCAAAGAGAUCAAGCGGCAAGAGGCCAUAUUUGAGCUGUCUCGCGGAGAACAGGAUCUGAUUGCAGACCUCCAGCUUGCACGCAAGGCAUAUCAUGACCCUAUGCUGAAGCUUUCUAUCAUGUCUGAGGAGGAGCUCACCCACAUCUUUGGUAAUCUUGAUGCCUACAUCCCCCUACAUGAAGACCUGCUGGCCCUGCUCUCUAAAGCCACUGGGCCAGAUGGGACAGUAGGCCAAAUAGGACAGAUUGUUGUAAACUGGCUUCCCCGACUCAAUGCCUACAAGGACUACUGCAGCAAUCAGCUGGCAGCCAAAGCACUGCUGGACCAGAAAAAACAGGACCCUAGGGUGCAAGAUUUCUUACAACGUUGCCUUGAGUCUCCCUUUAGUCGGAAGCUUGAUUUGUGGAGUUUCUUGGACAUCCCUCGCUCUCGUUUGGUCAAGUACCCACUCCUGCUUAAAGAGAUAUUGAGACACACUCCAGCAGAACAUCCUGAUGCUUGCAGCUUGGAGGAAGCAAUCACCAUCAUUCAAGCUGUUUUGUCAGACAUCAAUAUGAAGAAGGGAGAGUCUGAAUGCCAGUUCUACAUUGAGAAGCUGGAAUACCUUGACGACAGGCAGAGGGACCCUCACAUUGAGCUGUGCAAAAGCCUGCUCUGUCAUGGAGAGCUGAGAAACAAAAGUGGAACUAAGUUACAUGUGUUCUUGUUCACCGAGUUGCUGGUCCUGACUCGUCCAGUCACCAGAAAUGAGCGCCAGUGUUUCCAAGUUUACCGACAGCCUAUUCCUGUGCAGGAUUUAGUGUUGGAAGAAUUGCAGGAUGGAGAUGUUAGAAUGGGUGGCUCCUUCAGAGGUGCAUUCAGCAAUGCAGACAAAGCCAAGAACAUUUUUCGUGUACGUUCCCAAGACCCAAGUCAAGCACAGUCCCAUACGCUGCAGGUCAAUGAUGUCUUCCACAAGCAGCAGUGGCUUAACUGCCUACGCAGUGCCAUUUCCGUCCAUCGGCCUUUCAGUGAGCCCUACACCCCUAGCUCAACCACAACCAAUGCCUGCUUCAAGCGCCGCCCUUCUUCUGCUUCUGCCAUCAUCCACAUGGAAAAACAAGAUGAGAAUUUCCCCCAGAGAAGCUCUCGAUCUGCGCCCUGCUCACCAUGCAACAGCACAACCCCAAGUCCCACCACAAUGUCCCCUUCUUCCUCCUCAUCAUCUUCAUCUACAACAUCAUUAUCAUCAUCAGCAAGUUUGUCAUCUCCAAUCCUCGUAUCCAGAGCACACAAAACCAAAAAGGAGAAAAAGUCUUUAUGUUCUUUAGGAAAAAGAAAAGAGACAAUGGUGUGAAGUUGCCGGAGAAAAUGGACUUUUUGUACAUAAGAGAAAUGCAGGACUUGUAUUUAUGUGUGUGCGUGUGCGUGUGUAUUAUUACAACAGUGUUCUGUGUAACUGUCCUCUUUGGCAGCUAUUUACCUGGAUGCAGAGCAAGAAACAAACAGACUUUUCACACAUGUAACGGUCACACGUUUGUUGAUUUCUUGAUAAAGGAAGUGGAGCACUCAAUCCUGUUUACUACUAAUUAUAUAUUUAAGCAUUAAUGUAGACCUUCUUCGGGGGGGUUAAUGAAAGUUUUACAUUUUUACAUUCAAAUAAUGUGUAUUGGUUAUUUUAGGUACUAUAAAGCAACACUGUUAAAGCUUUUUAAGGGGUGUUUAUGAGAUAAAAAGACAGGAGGUGAUUUCCCUGAUAGGUUAAGACCAACAACACAAAACUAGGAAUAAAUCUGAGUACAUGUUUUAUUUUGAUACAUUCCUGAAAUACCUGUUUGUUUGUUUUUUGGGGGGAGGGGGGGUUGCAUUUUUUUUACUUCGACGCUGUUGUAUUUUUACUGCAGAGGCAUUCAUUUAAGUCCAAUUUCUCACCAAGAGGUGCAGAAGGAACCUUUUAUUUGAUCAUAUAAAAAAAAAAUCACAAUUUCUUUUUUUAAAGAUUCAAACUGAGCCAUGUGGGUUUUUUAUCUUCUUUUCUUUUAUUGUUUUGUAGAUGACAUUGAUCACUUUUCAGUGAGACAUCUUGCAUGGAGCUUUGGUUGUGUACACUGCUCAGUUGUCCAUGCAUCUGUCAUUGGUGACAGGAUCGCGAAAUAUGUGAAAGAUUACGAAAAGAAUGUUGUUGAAGGGUGAAGAGAAAAGAGAAAUGAAGGAUUAAGAUGCGUUUAAGCUUUGAAAUAGAUUGUCAGGGUAAGUUGUCUUACUUCACUGCCUACUCAGGCUGAUGUAAAAACUUGCCCAAGGAUGUACAUUCCUAGAGUAAAGUAUUUGUGGAUGGAUAAAGUAUGUAGGGGUAGGUAGAAGAAAAUGGAUUUUGUAUGUGAAUGCAAGAUGUUGUUGAGAUGAAAAAAAGAGAAAAGAGCGACAUUGUUGCAAUGAACUUCGUGUAAUUCAAACAACAAUAAAGCUCUGUGGAAAAGUUACAACUGAACUCUUGAAGUGUGUGUAUUAUUGAAUCUGAUGUUUCUGAGCUGGCUAACAGAUAUGAUGUGACAAGGAUUGGCAGCUAUUACCACAAAAAAGGGGCACAGAAGGCUGC